AUGAUGAGCAGAUUUCUCUUUGGUGGUCUCUGUGUGUGGGGAUUGGCGUUGUAUGUUACUCUCGGGCAGGAGGAGAAUCCAUGUGCUGGAGCUCCUGAUGGGAAGAACAUACAGCUCAACUGCACCGGCUUCACCAAUUGCACCAAUGGAAAACCGGUUGAGGUGAAUUGUGGGAACGGAACGGUCGUGGAGAGAGAUUCCUUCACUUGUAAACCUAUUGGAACAGGAAACACUAUUUGUGGAACUUCUGGGAUCUGCAGCUCAAAGGGAUUUCAAGCGUCCCCCAACUGUCAAUCGUUCUUCUUUUGCCAGGACAGUUUGUUUUCAAAUAUCAGCCAUAUUUAUUGUCCGGGAGUGUUGCUGUUUGAUGGACGUCGUUGCAACUUUCCUGCCAAUGUGUCCACAAAAUGUGAGCCAAUUAAAUAA